AUGUCACUACUCGAUUGCCGCGCCCUAGCAGAGAGCGUCCAUCAUGUCCAGGCUACACUUGAAAACCUCGAGCUCCAUAUAAACAUCUACUCCGAGUACGCAGAGAAAGUAGAAUAUAUUUCCAUCUACCCCGUCACCGGCCAUCUUCCUCUCCGCGAGCUCACCAAUCUUCGGCGCCUCAAAGUCCCACUCGUGAUGUUAUUCGGGUGGUUCCCAGAGGAAGCGCCGUCAAUGGCGGAGGCAUUACCCGUGUCGUUAACCCAUCCUUAUCUCACAGAGGAUCUUAGAAUGCAAUGCACGUACGAGUGGAGAGAGGAACUUGUUCUAGCGAAGCUGGGUGAGUAUUAUAAGAACAUUAAGGAGGCGGCACCGGCGCUGGAGGUGUUCGAGUUUAAACCCAAUCGCUACGAUGAUCAGUGGGGAGAGGACUUGGAGGAACGCUUGUCUGCAGUGUGUGGCGAAGCCGGAAUUCAAUAUAUCAUCCACUAG